AUGAAUUCUUUCAAUCGUCAUCGUAUAUGUAUGGUUUCCGACUUUUUCUAUCCAUUAAUUGGUGGCGUAGAAAAUCAUAUCUAUCAAUUAUCACAAUGUUUAAUUGAUCGUGAUCACAAAGUGAUUGUUAUUACACAUGCAUAUAAUGAUCGAGUCGGGGUUCGAUAUAUGACCAAUGGACUUAAAGUAAACAAAAGCGAAUUAUCGAUUGAGAGAUUUCGACAACGUUCUUCACUUAGUACGAUACCAUUAAUUCGUUCGAUCUUACUGCGAGAACGGAUCACCAUUGUUCAUGGACAUUCAUCGUUUUCAACUUUAGCACAUGAGACAAUGCAUCACGCGAAAACACUCGGCAUACGCACGGUUUUUACUGAUCAUUCCUUGUUUGGCUUCGCUGAUUUGAGUUCGGUGUUAACGAAUAAAGUUCUGCAAGUUUCCUUGGCUGAUUGUCAUCAUAUAAUUUGCGUAUCACAUACUUGUAAAGAAAACACGAUGUUACGUGCCAAUUUAAACUCGUCGAAAGUGUCCGUUAUACCUAAUGCAGUCGAUGCAUCCGCGUUUACACCUGAUACUUCUCUUCGUCCGUCAUCGAUCGUAUCUGAUGAAAUUGUUAUUAUUGUGGCUAGUCGACUUGUUUAUCGAAAGGGAAUUGAUUUGUUGAUUGGUAUUCUGCCAAAAAUACUCCGAAAAUAUCCAACUGUUAAGUUCAGAAUCGCUGGUAAUGGACCAAAAGAAAUUGAUAUUCGAGAAGUAAUCGAACGUGAAGGCACUGAAGAUCGUGUUGCAUUAGAAGGACCGGUUCAUCACGAUCAAAUGCGAAAUUUUCUCAACAGUGGGCACAUCUUUUUGAAUACAUCGUUAACUGAAGCAUUUUGCAUGGCAAUCGUCGAAGCAGCGGCAUGCGGUUUACUUGUCGUUUCAACGCAAGUUGGCGGUAUUCCUGAAGUCCUUCCGUCGGAAAACACCCAGUCAGAUAUAAUGAUUCUUUGUGAAGCAACGAUCGACGAUGUUUUUGAUGGUUUGUGCCAUGCAGUCGACCGAAUUCAACUUGGCCAAAUCCCUGAUGCGGACCAUUGGCAUAAGAAAAUCAAGACCUGGUAUUCGUGGCGAUACGUAACAGAAAAUACCGAAGUUGUUUAUAAUCAUAUAAUGACAAAAGAACAAAUUAAUCUCAAAGAGCGUAUCGAGAGAUAUAAACAAUGCGGAUUCGUCAGUAGUUUUAUCAUGAGCUUUGUAGCUAUUCUUUCUUAUCUAAUAUUUCUGUUUCUCGAUUACCUUCAACCUCGACAUCUGAUAGAUCAAUGUUGUGAAUAUUCGAAAGAAGAUUUCGAAAAAAAAUUAUAUGAGUGUUCAAAUGACUCGAUUUGA